UGCUCCUGGCUCCAGAUGGGACUGACUUUGACAACCCAGUGCACCGGUCUCGGAAAUGGCAGCGGCGGUUCUUCAUCCUCUACGAGCACGGCCUGCUGCGCUACGCCCUGGACGAGAUGCCUACGACGCUCCCGCAGGGUACCAUCAACAUGAACCAGUGCACAGACGUGGUGGACGGGGAGGGCCGCACGGGUCAGAAGUUCUCCCUGUGCAUCCUGACCCCCGAGAAGGAGCACUUCAUCAGGGCGGAGACCAAGGAGAUCAUCGGCGGGUGGCUGGAGAUGCUCACGGUCUACCCCAGGACCAACAAGCAGAACCAGAAGAAGAAACGGAAAGUGGAGCCUCCCACGCCGCAGCAGCAGCAGCAGCAGCAUCCCCAGCGCCGAGAAAGUCCCCACCACCAAGUCCACACUCUGGCAGGAAGAGAUGAGGGCCAAGGACCAGCCAGACGGGGGCAGCCCGAGUCCAGCUCAGAGCCCCAGCCAGAGCCAGCCCCCUGUCGCCAGCUCCCUGAGAGAGCCUGGGCUGGAGAGCACGGAAGAGGAGAGCGCCGUGAGUGGCGAGCGCAUGGACUGUGGCCGCAAAGUGCGGGUAGAGAGCGGCUACUUCUCCCUGGAGAAGACCAAGCAGGACCUGAAGGCCGAGGAGCAGCAGCUGCCCCCGCCGCUCUCCCCUCCCAGCCCCAGCACCCCCAACAACAGGUACAGUUGUCCCGACUCGCCCUUCCAGGAGCUGGGCCGACCCCUUCACUCCCCAGGUGCUCGAACCCCCAGCCGAACGGUCUGCAGCAUCUCCCUUGGCACCCUGGACGUGGCUGGCCGGCCCCCUGCCCACACGGACUCUGGCAGCGCUGGGGGGCGGGGGACAGACGGACUGGGGAGCGCCUUUGCCUUUAAAGCCAGCAGGCAGUAUGCCGCCCUGGCCGACGUCCCCAAGGCCAUCAGGAUCAGCCACCGAGAAGCCUUCCAGGUGGAGAGAAGGCGGCUGGAGCAUAGGACCCGGGCUCGCAGCCCUGGCAGGGAGGAGGUGGCCCGGCUGUUUGGCAACGAGCGGAGGAGGUCCCAGGUCAUUGAGAAAUUCGAGGCCUUAGACAUUGAGAAGGCAGAGCACAUGGAGACCAAUGGGUCAGCCGGGCCCUCGCCAUCGAGCGACACCCGCCAGGGCCGCAGUGAGAAGAGGGCGUUCCCCAGGAAGCGGGACUUCACCAGCGAAGCCCCCGCCUCUCCCCUCCCGGACCCUGCGGCCUCCCCCCUGUCUCCACACCGAAGAGCCAAGUCACUGGACAGGAGGUCCACGGACUCCUCCAUGACGCCCGACCUGCUGAAUUUCAAGAAAGGCUGGCUGACGAAGCAGUACGAGGACGGCCAGUGGAAGAAACAUUGGUUUGUCCUGGCCGACCAGAGCCUGAGAUACUACAGGGACUCGGUGGCUGAGGAGGCAGCCGACUUGGACGGAGAGAUCAACCUCGCUACGUGUUAUGAUGUCACCGAGUAUCCGGUCCAGCGGAACUAUGGCUUCCAGAUCCAUACAAAGGAGGGCGAGUUCACUCUGUCAGCCAUGACGUCCGGAAUCCGGCGGAAUUGGAUCCAGACCAUCAUGAAGCACGUGCACCCGAGCACUGCCCCGGAUGUGACCAGCUCGUUGCCAGAAGAGAAGAACAAGAGCAGCUCCUCCCUCGAGAGCUGCUCCAGGCAAAGUGAGAAGGCCGACGUGGAAGCGGGCGAGCCAGACCCGGAGCAGAAGAGGAGCCGCGCCCGGGAGCGGCGGGAGCGGCGCAAGCGCUUCGGGAUUCUGGACGCCGGGGACGGGCCGGGUGCCGACGACGCCGCCCUGCGCAUGGAGGUUGACCGCAGCCCCGGGCUGCCCGCACCCUCCGAACUCAAGGUGCAGAACGUCCACGUGGAGAUCGAACAGCGCUGGCACCAGGUGGAGACCACCCCUCUCCGGGAGGAAAAGCAGGUGCCCAUCGCCCCCCUGCAUCUGUCCUCCGAGGACGGCAGUGACCGGCUCUCCACGCACGAGCUCACCUCUCUGCUAGAGAAGGAGCUGGAGCAGAGUCAGAAGGAGGCCUCGGACCUUCUGGAGCAGAACCGGCUCCUGCAGGACCAGCUACGGGUGGCCCUGGGCCGGGAGCAGAGCGCCCGGGAGGGCUAUGUACUGCAGACUGAAGUGGCCACCUCCCCAUCGGGUGCCUGGCAGAGGCUCCAUAGAGUCAACCAAGAUCUCCAAAGUGAGCUCGAAGCCCGGUGCCAGCGCCAGGAGCUAAUCACGCACCAGGUCCAGGCCCUGAAGCGCAGCUACGGGGAGGCCAAGGAUGCCAUCCGGCACCACGAGGCCGAGAUCCGCAGCCUCCAGGCGAGGCUCAGCAAUGCCACUGCGGAGCUGGUCAUCAAGGAGCAGGCGCUGGCCAAGCUCAAGGGCGACCUGAAGCUGGAGCAGGGCAGGGUGCGCGAGCAGCUGGAGGAGCGACAGCACAGUGAGGCCGUGCUGGGCGGCCAGCUCAGAGCCAGCGAGCAGAAGCUCAAGAGCGCAGAGGCCCUGCUGCUGGAGAAGACACAGGCACUGCGGGACCUGGAGACGCAGCAGGCGCUGCAGCGGGACCGGCAGAAGGAGGUGCAGAGGCUGCAGGAGCGUAUCGCUGACCUCAGCCAGCAGCUCCGCGCCAGCGAGCAGGCCCAGCGGCUGAUGGAGGAGAAGCUGCAGAGGAACUACGAGCUGCUGCUGGAGAGCUGUGAGCACGAGAAGCAGGCACUGCUGCAGAACCUGAAGGAGCUGGAGGACAAGGCCAGUGCCUACGAGGACCAGCUGCAGGGCCAUGCGCAGCAGGUGGAGCUUCUGCAGAAGGAGAAGCUGAGCGCCACGUUCGAGGGCAGCGAGCAGGUGCACCGGCUGGAGGAGCAGCUGCAGGCCAGAGAGGCCAGCCUGCGCCAGCUGGCCGAGCACAUGCAGAGCCUCAGCGACGAGCGCGACCUCCUCGGGCAGCGGUUCCAGGAGCUGAUGGAGCGCGUGGCCACGUCCGACGGGGACCUGGCCGAGCUCCGGGAGAAGCUGCAGGGGCGGGAGGCCGACUACCAGAGCCUGGAGCACUCCUACCGCAGGACGUCCAGCCAGCUCCAGGGGAUGCACGCCCUGCUGAGGGAGAAGGAGGAGGAGCUGGAGCGCAUCAAGGAGGUGCACGCCAGAGCGCUGGAGAAGAAGGACCAGGCCCUCAACGAGGCUUUGGUUAAAAUGGUGGCCUUGGGGAGCAGCUUAGAGGAGACAGAAAUGAAGCUCCAGGCAAAGGAGGAGAUCUUACGGAAACUAGCCAGCGAGUCGAAGGAGGCAGAGGAGCCGCAGAGUGCCCUAGCAGAAGCGGAAGAGGACAGCGUUCUGCUCUCGGGCCAGCAGCUCCACACCACAGGGGUGCCCCUGGGCUUUCCACACUCGGAGCUCGAGGACGAGGACCCAGGGGCUGCUCUGGGGGAGGAAUGUGCUAAUGGUGCCCCUGCUCAAGAAGAGGGUGGGCCACCCCCGAAGUUGAUCGAAGUGUCUGGUAGGGAGGGGCAGCCUCCGGGCACAGCGAGACCUGACCAGGGAGUGCCAGGUGGUAAGCGCCAGCGGAUCCGGUUCUCUACCAUCCAGUGUCAAAGGUACAUCCAGCCCGAAGGCUCCGAGAGGGCCUGGACCAGCAGCACAUCUUCCGACACUAGCCAGGAUCGGUCGCCCUCCGAGGAAAGCAUGUCUUCAGAGGCUGCCCCCAGCACACUGCCUGCAUCUGGUGACUCAGAGACAUACCUGUCCAUCAUCCACUCCCUGGAGACCAAGCUCUACAUCACGGAAGAGAAGCUCAAAGACGUGACCGUGAAGCUGGAGAGCCAGCAGGGCCAGAGCCGCGAGGCCCUGCUGGCCCUGCACCAGCAAUGGGCCGGCACCGAGGCGCAGCUCCGCGAGCAGCUCCACACCAGCCUGCAGCAGGUGGGUGCCCUGGCCUCUCAGCUGGAGCAGGAGCGGCAGGACAGGGCCAAGAGAGCUGAGGACCAUGUCGGGGAGCUCGGGGGCUUCCAGCUGAGGAACAGCCAGGCCCUCACCUGCUUGGAGAACUGCCGUGAGCAGCUGAGGGCUCUGCCUGGGGUCAGCCAGGAGCACGAACUGGACGCAUGUGCAGCCUCCCUGGCCAGCGUGGAGCGUGUGCUCGGCAGUGCCAUCCAGGCCCUCCGGCAUGGGCCGACCCCCGCUGACGAGGAGGCCCAGGCUCAGAUGGAGGAGGGCGGCUCCGUGGAGGACGAGCAGGAGGCCUUGCCGCAGCGGCCCCGCCAGUCGGAGCUCAGCGAGCAGGAGCAGGUGCAACUUCUCUCUGAUCAGAUCGCCCUGGAGGCCACGCUCAUCAGCCAAGUGGCCGAUGCUCUGAAGAACACGACGUCGGACAUCUCUCUUGUCCUCCACGAGCUCGCUCAGGCAGGAGAGUUGCCGCCGGAGCCUGCAAGUGCUGCCGCUGCUGCCAGGGCUGCAGCUGACGCCUGGGCCAAGAGGGUGCUGCUGGAUGGCGCGUUCUGGAGCCAGGUCGAGGCCCUGAGCAAGCACCUGGGGGCAGCCGGAGGAGAGGCAGCCGGGACAGCCCAUGGCAGCGGGCAGCCGAGCGUCCCCCAGGGCCUGGCCGACGCCACCUGGGUCAGGGCAGAACUCAGCUGGGCUGUCCAGGCACUGAGGGAGUCAUUCCACCGGCGGUUGCACAGCAUCCAGGAGACCCUGCAGGGGACACAGACGGCCUUACAGCAGCACAAGUGCAUGCUGGGGCAGAUCCUGGGCGCCUACCAGACCCCCGACUUCGAGAGGGUGAUGCAGCAGGUCUCAGAAGCCCUGAGCCUUCCAGCAGGUGGGGGGGGCAGCGGACAGAUGUCCUGUGACCUGAACCCAUUAGGAGACGUGCUGAGCCAGGGCGCGUGGGGCACCCGCGAGUCCUGCCACCUGUCAGACCAGAGCCCCGGGGCCCUGGUUGCCCUUCAGGAGGAGCUGGCACAGCAGCUUAAGGAGAAGGCCCACGUUCUAGAGGAGAUCGCGGCCACACUGCCAUCCCUGCCGCCUGCGGGAGCUCUGCGAGACUGUGGGGAGCUCCUGCGGGCGUCCCGGGGUCUGUCGUACAGUGCUUGUCUGGGAGGUCUUGGCCAGUACUCCUCACUGCUGGUCCAGGACGCCAUCCUGCAGGCGCAGGUGUGCUAUGCAGCCUGCAAGAUUCGGCUGGAGUAUGAGAAGGAGCUCAGGUUCUACAGAGAUGGCCGGGGGCCCUCCUGUGGGGAGCAGGCACAGGCGGUGGGGGCGCUGCAGGGGGAGUACGAGGAGCUUCUCCACAAGCAGAAGAGCGAAUACCUGGAAGUCAUUGCCAUCAUAGAGAGGGAGAACGCAGAGCUCAAGGCCAAGGUCGCCCAGCUGGGCCACCAGCAGAGGCCAGACACAGGAGACGCUCAGGGCCAGAGCCCGUGCGCCCUGCAGGGGAGGUGGGUAGAGCCGCAGAGCGGGACUGAUAGCAGCUGUCCUGCCCCAAACCAGCCAGACGCCCAGGCCCGAGAAGGGCAGGUCCUGGAGUGGGGCCGCGCGGAGCAGAUGCAGGCCCUGGAGGACACGUUCCAGCUCAAGGUCAGGGAGCUGCAGAGCGUCCACCGGGAGGAGCUGCGGGCGCUGCAGGAGCACUACUCGCACAACCUGCACCGCCUGCAGGAUGCGCUCAGCCGCUGCCAGAGGCCGCACCCCGAGGCCCUGCCUUGGCAGGCCCUGCAGCCUGGGGAUGCCAUGGGGGAGGCCGAUGCCAUGACGGGGCUGCGGGAGCGCAUCCAGGAGCUGGAGGCCCAGAUGGACGUCAUGCGCGAGGAGCUGGGGCACAAGGACCUGGAGGGCGACACGGCCACACUGCGCGAGAAGUACCGGAGGGACUUUGAGAGCCUCAAGGCCACCUGCGAGCGAGGGUUUGCAGCGAUGGAGGAGACGCACCAGAAGAAGAUCGAAGACCUGCAGAGGCAGCACCAGCGGGAGCUGGAGAAGCUCCGGGAGGAGAAGGACCGGCUCCUGGCUGAGGAGACCGCGGCCACCAUCUCAGCCAUCGAAGCCAUGAAGAACGCCCACCGAGAGGAGAUGGAGCGUGAGCUGGAGAAGAGCCAGCGGUCCCAGAUCAGCAGCGUCAACUCGGACGUCGAGGCUCUGAGGCGGCAGUACCUGGAGGAGCUGCAGUCGGUGCAGCGGGAGCUGGAGGUGCUGUCGGAGCAGUACUCGCAGAAGUGCCUGGAGAACGCCCACCUGGCCCGGCUGAAGGCCGAGCGGCAGGCCCUGCGGCAGUGCCAGCGUGAGAACCAAGAGCUCAACGCCCACAAUCAGGAGCUGAACAACCGCCUGGCUGCAGAGAUCACACGGUUACGGACACUGCUGACCGGGGAUGGCCACGGGGAGGCCGCCGUGUCACCCCUCACACAGGGCAAGGACGCCUAUGAGCUAGAGGUCUUGUUGCGGGUCAAGGAGUCGGAGAUUCAAUAUCUGAAGCAGGAGAUCAGCUCUCUGAAGGACGAGCUGCAGACGGCAUUGCGGGACAAGAAGUAUGCCAGUGACAAGUACAAAGACAUCUACACGGAGCUGAGCAUCGCCAAGGCCAAGGCCGACUGCGACAUCAGCAGGUUGAAGGAGCAGCUGAAGGCGGCCACGGAGGCGCUGGGGGAGAAGCCCCCCGAGAACACCGCCGUGUCUGGAUAUGAUAUCAUGAAGUCUAAGAGCAACCCUGACUUCCUGAAGAAGGACAGGCCCUGUGUCCCCCGGCAGCUCAGGAACAUCAGGUCCAAGAGUCUGAAGGAAGGCCUGACGGUGCAGGAACGGCUGAGGCUCUUUGAACCCAGGGACUCGAAGACCGACUAGCCGUGUCCGUCCAGUCCAGCGCACCCCUCCCGGCUUGCGGCCCCACGACCCCGGCGCUGCUUCGUGUCUGUACCUUUGUCUCAUUGUUCUCGUUGCGAGGUUGUGACUGUCAUCGCUAACUGUGGGUGUGCGGCAGGGGGGGCUGGUGCCCGCUGGGCCCAGCUGCCCUGCGGGUCGGUGCUGACGCCCCCACCAAGCCUCGUCUCCAUGGUAUUGUAACCACGCGGCGGCGGGGCUGCGUGGUGGUGGCCCCCUCCCUUGCUGUCACCCAGCGCACGCACUAUCAGUAUUAAGGCUCCGCGGCCUGACGAUAAGCUAGCCCUGUCUCAGCCAGUGCUGGUGCGCAGGCAGGGCCCCGAGGCUCGGCUCCAGCUCCGCCGCGCCACGUGGUAGGUGGGUCCCUGUGGGUCGGAGAGAAUGCCAUCUGGUCAUCUGGUCUGGCCCGGACCCCCGUGCUGCCAGCUCGCCCGCGGGCCGCAGAGGAGGAGGCGCCAGGCUGCGAGUGACCUGGCCGUCCUGCCUUGUCCCACUAACGCAGCUUAGAACCACACCCAGAUCACCGUGGCCGCCCUUCACACCUGGACAAUGUCGAAAGCAACCAUUCCUAUUUUUGUUUGUUUUUUAUUAAAUCUUGCACAAAAGC